ACUCAUGGCAUCUAUGACUCAUGGUAUUAUCUAUGUAUGAUUGCACUCACAAAAAUAAUAAAAAAUCUUAUUAGAAAAAAAUAAUUUUAAUAAUGAUUGUGUUACUCAAAUUGCAUACUUUCGUAUUGAAAUAAUAAUUAAUUUUUUUAAGGUUUGAAUUUGAAUAUUCUUGAAGGGGAAUGUAAUUUACUUUUUGACAUUGUUAGUUAACUGUUUUUAAUUGUCGUCAUCUUCAUGCGUUUGCAACAUGGAUUACAGCGCUCUUAGAAAUUUCAAGGACUUCCUUCAAGUUUACAACAUCAUGUCUGAAACGUGCUUCCUGCGAUGUGUAUCUUCCUUCGACAGCAGGGACGUUAGCGAGGAAGAGGCAAGGUGCGUGUCGCUGUGCACCAGCAAGUACAUCAACAUGAACAACAAGAUGAUGCAGGUGUACAUGGAGGUACAGCCGCUGAUCCUCAACAAGCGCAUGGAGGAGAUGAACCAACUGCAGGCCGGGGCAGCGGCCAGCGCCCCGGACACCGCCUAGCGUGGCCGGAUGACCAACGCUUGCGUCAUCGUCCUCGUGGGCCUGCCGGCCUCCGGCAAGACAACCUUCGCGACGUCGCUCUCCGAUCACGUGGCGAGCAGCAGCCGUCGCGACGUCCGGUACGAGGUCGUGCACGUUUGCUACGACGAUUUGAUAUCGUUCGAGGACGACCCGUCUUCCUGGAGAGACGUCCGUAAGAAUUUGGUCAGCAGGGUGGACGAGCUCGUGUCUCUGAACGUGGGAAAACCCCCGGUUCAACCGGAGAACCGUCAGGACGGGGAGAUUACGUUCGCACGAGGAAGAACCAUCAAAACUCUAAUUAUCGUGGAUGACAACAUGUACUACCGCAGCAUGAGGUACGAGUUUUACCGGCUAGCCCGGACACGUAAUUUGUCUUUCUGCCAGUUGUAUUUCGAGUGCGCUAAAGAAACGGCGUUGAAAAAUAAUUUGAUGCGUGACGGGAAGUCUAGAGUACCGGACGACGUUAUUGUAAGAAUGUCCUCUAAACUUGAACUGCCGGACGGCGAUCGUAACCGCUGGGAGAGGUUUUCUUUGACCCUCCCGCCGUGCACGUACAACGCAGAAGUGCAUCGCAGGGUUCUGCAGCUGGUUGAAGAGGCCAUGGCGGAAGUGUUCACUCCCACCGAGGGUGUGCCGCCCGAGGACCGCGAUGCGUCGAGAGCUGAGUGCUCGGCGAAUCUGCUCCACCAGGUGGACAUCCUGUCGAGGAAACAGCUCGGCCUGAUCAUGGCACAAAAGAAUAAGGAAGGUCUGAGCAAGCAAGAGCUGUCCAAAAUUUCCACUUGCCUCAAUUCGAAACGGCUGGGCUUGCUGUCCAAAAUCAAAGUGGGUGAGGUAGUGUGUCCGGAAGUAGCCCAUGGGUCAUCCCCAGAAAUAGUGUUAAAAGAUUGGGUGGCGGAAGUGUUUGGCAGUCUUUAAUAACUCAAAACAUUUCCCCCCCCAUAAUGUUCAAGGCAGGACAAAAAACAUUUCCAAGCAGUGUUUCAUUUAUGUAUAUAGAAAAAUAAAUUAUAUGAGAAUUGUAUGAAUAUGUGUAUUAUACUUGAAGUUGUUUUAUUAGUAUUUACAUAAAUUCUUACUUACCUCCGAA